UCCACUGCAUUGAUGAUUGUUGACAAAGCUAGGAUAUAUACUAACAGCGUACAUGGACUGAAUUCACCAGGUGAUCGUGUCACAGAAUUUUUAAUUGAUCCUGAAAUCAGAGUACUCAAUAAUCUACCAACUUUGCCAUACACUGAAUCGUUUAUGGUUGCAUCUUGUGAUAAUAAUGGACAUCAUUUAUAUGUCACGGACACAUACGGCACCAUAUCACAUGUUCUUGCUAGUGCAGUAGGAAGAAAAAGUGACCUGAUAACAAAUUUUUUGGUUGAAAAUUAUUCAGCUGCUAACAAAAGUAUUUUAGGAACUAUAGAGUUUGCUUUGAAGACACUGUGCGUAAUCACUGAACCAGACGCUAAAUUUAUUGAUGUUUCAGUUACAGCAUUUAACAGACCAUUCGAAGUUGUUGAUAAAAGCAUAGUCAGUCAAUUUUUAUCAACAAUUGAGUUCUCAAGAAUAGUUAAUGCUGCGGUAAAAAUUAAUAAUGUUAUAUGA